UGCAGCCUGGGGCCAUCCCUGGGGAAGUCGGCAGACGGGAGCAUGGACUCCUUAUACCAGGUCUCUGAGGAAGGAGCCAAGGCAGGACAGAAACCUCAUGGAGAUCUCCGAAGUUCCUUGCAUCCCGAUGGAGGCAAAGGGGGGUUUUCCAAAAGAAGAGAAAAUCUUGUGUUUGCAAAGUUGGGGCUCACACCCCAGAAGUCGUGCAUCCUGAUUUCUUUCUUUUUCUUCAGUUGUUAAAAUUGCUUCUGGAAGGUUUGUUGCUCCCUGCCUGGCAUUUAUCUGGUGGUCGGGACCAGCGUGUUCAUGGACAGGCGUGCAAGGGCAUCUUACAGAACAGCAAACGUACUCGGCUUGACUCUGGGUGUGAGGUUCAGGCCAUCAUGCUUAACCUCACCUAAGUCUCAUGGGGUGGUCACUGUGGCGGCCAGCCCACCAGGGACUAACCCGGACCCCCACUUAUGUAUUACACUACUUUUUACUGUCGACUGAGAUCGAAAGGUAAGAUGCAGCUGCUCAAGAGCUCCUUCCUCUGAAGUAUCGUACCGCGGAGGCAAAAUAUUCUAGGCCCCCCUCAGGAACCGGAGCUAGGGGGAAAGGCUGGUGGCACGUUUCAGCAAUUCCUUGGCACCCGCCUCCCCAGGGGAGAAAGGCCUCUGCGCCCACAGCACCGCACCUCAGAGCACAGGGGGUCGCUUGCAAAGGACCCACGAGCGGCUCCCGGCCAGGACAGGGCGGAGAAGCUGCAGGGUCUGAGCGCGGCGCCGGGCCCCGGACGCGGGUGUGGGGCCGCCGCCUGGCGCGGGGCCCGCGGGACGGCGCGCGGGCGCGGAGUGGAAGAUACAUGAUUAGGAAGCCACUGAGAACUAUGUUCAUCACCCUUGUAUACAUUGACAAGAAGUAGUUUCUCCUAACAGGACAGGGAGAAGUGCUGAUAUCAAGAUGAAAAACCAGAUACCUCUCAUUCUCCUAGCUUGUGGCUCCUUUAAUCCUAUCACAAACAUGCACAUGCGUUUAUUUGAGCUCGCCAGAGAUCACCUCCAUCAAACAGGAAGAUACCGCGUGAUUAAAGGCAUAAUUUCUCCAGUCAGUGACAGCUAUAGAAAGAAAGGUUUAGCUUCUGCAAAGCACCGGAUAGCAAUGGCUCAGCUCGCAGUGGAGACAUCAGACUGGCUUAGAGUGGAUCCAUGGGAAAGUGAGCAGGAGACAUGGACAGAGACAGUAAAAGUGCUGAGGUACCAUUACAAUGAAUCCCUUGGGCCGCUUGAUUUCAGGAAGGGACUCAUGAGAAACAAUAGCCGUGUACAAAGAGCUACUGCUGAUUCCCUUUCUUUGCAGCACACAGUUCUACCACAGUUAAAGCUGCUUUGUGGAGCUGAUAUUUUGAAGACAUUUAAGACACCCAAUCUCUGGAAGGAGGAACAUAUUAAAGAAAUAGUAGAAAAGUUUGGUCUGGUUUGCAUUAGCCGUGCUGGCUGUGAUCCGAUGCAGUACAUCAAUGAAUUGGAGCUUUUAAGGAGAUUCGAGCAUAACAUCCACCUGGUCAGAGAAUGGAUUCAGAAUGAAAUCAGUGCCACACAGAUACGACUUGCAUUAUGCAAAGGAUUAAGUGUGAAGUAUCUCAUUCCAGACUCUGUAAUUUCAUAUAUUAAACACCAUAAUAUCUACACAGAAGAGAGUGGGCAGAAAAAUGAAGGGGACUUGCUUCAGCCUCUUAAACAGCACAAUGUGACAGUCAGCACUCUAAAAGAUUGACGUCUGUUCUGUCAACAGGAAAGAAGAUGCCAAAGGAUUCAUUCUUUGCAUGUGCAAAGCUAGUUAUGGGGAACUGUUGUAUUGUGACUGUUGCAUUUCUUGAAAGCUUACAAUUUUAUACAGAAAAAGUUCAAAUUAGAGAAGUUGUUUUGGAUCCAUGCUUUUCUAAGGUGUUAGGUACUGUGGGCCAUAGUAGUUUUAAGAUCUUCAGUUAAGUUAAUUCAUUAAAGAACAAGAUAAUGGUCACUUUAUUUGUGUUUUCAAAAUAAGUAUUAAAAUCUCCAGUAACGGCAAGGGUUUGCUGUGCUGACUAAAAUGGCUUCAGUGGCUGUGUUUAGUACUUUCUUCUAUGGCAGUCCUCUCAUGCCAGGGACUGCUCAAAUGUGAAAGUGUCUCAGCUGUUCCCAGCAGUGAGACUGAAAUUAGUCAUAUUUUUCAAUGAACUGUGCUAAAAAUAUAUAUGUUAUCACAACAUUUCUACUUCCUAGGAUCCUAUGUGACUUCAUUAACUAGUACUGCCGAAAAUAUGUAUGUGGGUUGGCAGACUUGGAAAGAGAUCAGAAAUAAAGGCCAGGUUCAGGCAAGCAAUUAAUUCAAGUCCUGUGCAUAAAAUAUUUAAGGGGAGUUUUCUGUAAUCCAUUAGAUCAGUCUGCAUUAGUUUGGUCGUCUGAUAUAACUUACAGCAGCCAGUUGAUAGGUCCGUCAGGAAUCAUGGGAUACAGGCAAGUCCCCUACGAUAGCAGAAGGGAGAGUGAUUGUGAAUGUCUGUCUAGACACCUGCCUAUUCCUUCUGUUCUUGCUCAUUUUCCUUCCUACUGGGUUUUCCUGCAGAGAUCUCUCAAAGCUGCUCAAGCCUCAUAAUGCCAGCCAAGGUUUUGAAAGGUGGUUGUAUUAGUAAUGAAUGGAAGUGGUAAAAUUUGUCUGCCACUUUGUCUACUAGUUUCCUAAACAUAGACUGAGUUGGAAAGACUCUCAAAUGCGUGUGUCAAGUAAGAAGUUGUUCAAAGGACUGUUUGUGCUAUUUUUGUCAUGCAGUUCAUUUUUUACAAUGAGAUUGUACCGUGCUUUGGCUUUUAAAAUACAUCCUUCAUUCUAUUUUCUAUGCAUCACUCAGAAAUUACAAUAAAAGAGGAUGUUUCUGAAGAUC